AUGCCAAAAUCGCGUGAUGUGUCGCCCGCGUCCCAAGAUGGCGCAGGACGCUCCGACAAGCCAGAAGAGGAGGCGCCGGCUGCGCCCUCUUUGUUGCAAGUGCCGGAAGCAGCGAUUCAAACAGUAACGGUCGCACGUCCGCCCACGCCAAUUACGCCCUCGCAGUUAACGUUGCCUGAAGAAACGUUACCGUCCACGCAGACCAUUCGCGCACGCUCGCCCGCACGACUCUCUUCUGAGCUCCAGAUGCCUGCCAGGGUGCAGGAGGAUCAUCUGGAUACGAUCCGUGCCAUUGUCGCGGAUUUGCAGACGGUGGCUGCUACAGAUCCUCUCGAGAUGAUUGAGGAAGAAGUCACGCUGACUCGUGACACACUCCUGCACCUCCACGUCAGCUUCCAGCAGGAGCAUGCGAUGCUCAGUCGCCAGUGGCCUGUCUCACAGCUGGGCCACGAGUAUUUCAGUAAGAAGAUGGCCUCCACAGCAGAACAGCUAGUGCUGAAGGGGAAAAAACUUCUUGCCCAGCUGGAGCGAAGGCUGAAGCUGAACACGCCGACCUCGCAAACGGACGCUCAGAACACGCAGUCCACGACAACAGUGCCCUCGCAGAUGCGGUCUCGUCUCCCUGAGAUACCUCUCCCUAAAUUUGAGGGAGAUUACAGCAGGUGGAUGGAGUUCAAGACUGGCUUCACCUCCGUCAUCGGCAACCGAUCAGAGCUCUCUGAUAUUGAUCGGUUGCAUUAUCUGAAGGGAGCAGUGACUGGGGCCGCCUCGCAGCUGAUUUCACAUCUACCAGCCACGUGUGAAGCGUUCAGCCAGGCGUGGCAACUGUUGGACGCCCGCUACUCGAACACGCGCCUCAAUGUCCAAUCUCACAUGGACCGGCUUUACAACCUUCGGCCCAUGAAGAUGCGCAAGGCAGCUUCAUUGACCAAAAUGGUCAAUAUCAUUGAGGAGACUCAGCAGGCGCUGAAAUCAUUCGACCUCGCAGACGAGCACAACUGCUAUUUGCUCACCGCUCUGGUUCGCCUACUGGACACGGACACCCGGGAGCACUGGGAACAGUCGCUCUCAGCGCAGCGCACGUUUCCUCCCCUGUCUCAGCUGACAGACUUUCUGUUAGCUCGAGCCGGCAUCCUAGAACAGGUGGAGCGGAUGGCGGAGCAGAAGUCAUCGCAGACCACGACGACCACGUCAGGGCGCCCCGCCAGCCGUGACAUCCGGCUGGUCCAGCAGAGAACCACCGCCCACGCAGCCAGCGCAAGCCAGCCCACGCCAACAACAUCCGGAGCUUCUGCCGGAGUAGCUCCCACGCCUCGUCCACGCAUGUCCGCUCUGUAUCCUUGUGCGCUCUGCGCCAAGGAUCACUUUUUGUCGGCGUGCCCUGCAUUCAGGGACAAGAAUGUGGAGGAACGCAUCAGUGUGGUAAAGGCCCAACAGCUCUGCGUAAAUUGCUUGGGCCACCACAAUCUUCGCAGCUGCCGUACUUCACAGCGAUGCAAGCUGUGCGGUGAGCUGCACCACACUAUACUCCAUGGUGGCAAUCUCAUCCGAGUAUUGGUGCCCGGACCUCAGACCUCGCAGUCCUCUACCUCGACUCAGCCCACGACAAAGGCAACGCAGGCUACUUCAGCUCAAUCGUCAACGCAUUGA